AUGACUAGUUUUGGCGAAUUAAGACAGAGGUUAUUGCAUCCAUACUAUGUGCUUCAUCUUAUAUACGGUGUAGUCUAUAUCAUAAGCCGUAUCAAUCAGUUGAUCAAGGGUCUGGCAAUUAGCUUCGAGGACACCGAGCCCAAAACGUUCUUGAUCUUAUUUGGCAUGUCUAUAUGGAAGUGCUUCAUGGCGGCCACUGCUGAGGAGCUCUCUAGCGUGCUCAUCUUAUACACAAAGUUUUUCACCGUGUGUAGUCUGUUUUGGAGAUUCGGUUUUUGGUACUCUUGUUUGUACGCAAUUGGUUGGAUUGUUCUCUCCACCAUCUUCCCUCAGCCUUGGUAUAGAGGCCCCACCAAGAUUUACGAAUUAAACGAAGCUGCAUUCAGAGAUAAAGUGCUUCACACUGCCAAAUCGAAACCAUCGUCAUCAUCAUCCACUGCGUCUACAUCAACACUGCCAAUAGACGAAAUUAAGGGACCACGUAUCACAGAAAUUGAUGAGCAUGAGGAACCCAAGGAAAAAAAGGAGCAGAAGAAGCUCGACCUUGAUGCCAAGUAUUGGAUUGUCAUGCUGUAUGCGAAUUGGUCUGUUGCGUGCCUGAAUUUUGAAGCAGUGCUUGCUAAAUUAUCAAUCCAAUAUGACGUGCCACACUUGAAAUUUGGUCAAAUCGAUAUCGACAUUUAUCCUGAUUUAGCAGAGGAAUUUGGUGUCAGCAAAGAUCCAGCGUCAUUCGAUCUGCCCACGUUGUUACUAUUCCAGCAAGGAAAAGAGAUCAGACGUCUGCCCGAGCUGACAAUCACAAAGGAGGGUGCCAACAACACGAAAACAAAUGCAGCCAAAGAUACUAUUACGAGAUUGGGUUGGAGUAAACAGCCUUCAACAGUCAUUAAUACCUUUCAAUUGGAGAAGAUUGCCAACGAGAAAAUCAACUAG